UGGGUAUAUUUGCCAACUUACGGAUGAAAUCAGCGACGUUUAUUUUAACAAAAUAAUAAAAUACAAAAAAGUGGUCACUAGAAUAACUUUUGUUUUACGAUGAUAUUUUGAUUUUGUUCUGAAUUUUGUGAAUGCAUUAAAGUUGCCGAGUGACGCCAUAAAUGAUGAUCGCUCCCCAUAAUACUAUCUGAGUCUGAGAGCAACAAGACGAGAAAAUUAUCCAGUUCCUGAUUGAGGCCGGUGCGGCGGUGCGUAAGUGCGAGGCAGCAGUCAGCGGUGAGAGGCAGGCUGGAUGGAAGGAGGAUUGCCGUUGAUUGAAAGAGAUGAUAAUGAUAAUCGUAGAUUAACAUGGAGCGUAUUUGAAGAGGAGGCUAAGAAAUUCGGAUACAUAGCAGCGCCAAUGGUGGCGGUGACUCUUUCACAGUAUUUGUUGCAGGUUAUCUCGGUCAUGAUGGUCGGCCACCUCGGUGAGCUUGCUCUUUCUAGCGCCGCCAUUGCCAUCUCCAUUUCUAGCGUCACUGGUUUCAGCUUAAUCAUGGGGAUGUCAAGUGCACUGGAAACAUUAUGUGGACAAGCUUACGGAGCUCAACAAUACAAAAAAUUUGGAACUCAAACUUACACCGCCAUUUUCUCUCUUUUAAUCGUUUGCAUUCCUCUCUCCAUCAUCUGGAAAAAUACAGGAGCUAUACUCCUUCUUAUUGGCCAAAACCCUUCAAUCUCACAUGAAGCUGGAAAAUUCAUAACUUGGCUCAUCCCUGCAAUCUUUGCCUAUGCAGUACUACAACCACUCGUUCGUUAUUUCCAAAUGCAAAGCAUGCUAUGGCCUAUGCUCAUUAGCUCAACUGUUGCUCUACUUUUACACAUUCCUCUUUGUUAUGCCCUUGUAUACAAGACCACAUUAGCAAACAUUGGGGGAGCAAUUUCCAUGGGUAUUACAAUGUGGCUAAAUGCAAUCUUUCUUUUCUUUUACAUGAAAUAUUCUCCCUCAUGUGAAAAAACACGCUCCCCUAUAUCGAUCGAGGUGAUCCAUGGGAUGAAACAAUUCUUUAGCUAUGCUAUCCCUUCCGCUGUCAUGAUUUGUCUUGAAUGGUGGUCAUAUGAAAUUCUAAUAUUGUUAUCCGGUCUUCUCCCAAAUCCGGAGCUUGAAACUUCUGUUCUUUCUGUAUGUCUCAAUACUAUUGCAACACUUUACGCCAUAGCAUUCGGAUUCGGGGCUGGAAUCAGCACAAGGGUAUCGAAUGAGCUAGGAGCUGGAAACCCACAUGGCGCCCGUAUGGCAGUCUAUGUUGUCCUUAUCCUUGCCAUCAUCGAAACAAGUCUCAUUAGCACAAGUGUUUUUGUGAGUAGGCGUGUUUUCGGGUAUAUUUUCACAAACGAAAAGGAAGUUGUUGACUAUGUUACAAAAAUGGCCCCUCUUCUUUGCUUAAACAUUAUCAUGGAUAGUCUACAAGGAACCCUUUCAGGUGUUGCGAGGGGUGUUGGGUGGCAACAUCUUGGGGCUUAUAUCAAUCUUGCUGCUUUUUAUCUUGCUGGGAUUCCGGUUGCUGCUUUCUUGGGAUUCUACACAUCAUUACGAGGAAUUGGUCUAUGGAUUGGAAUCCUUGUGGGCGCUGUAAUACAACUUAUUUUACUCACCACUGUAACCAUUUCCACAAAUUACGAAAAACAGGCUACGAAGGUGAGGGAGAGGUUAUUUAAUGAGGAAUCGUCUGUGGAGAGACUAAUGUGAAGUUAGUGUGUACUUGCUUGUGUUUUGUUUAUGUAACUAUAAAGUUGAUUAAAUGAUGUUUGUAUAUUUUGUUUCCAACUAGAAAAUGCAUAUGUUUUAUUCAUAAGGAUAUCAUAAUUUCAAUAUUACAACAUACAAAGAUUCAGAAUUCAAAAUUCAAAUUACUGAAUCUCAUUCCAACAACUAUACCCAAUUCCCAUAAGGGCGUCAGGUAAAAGAUGACAGAUGACAGAUAACAAAUGACAGACAG